GACAGUGGGUGGAAAUCAACUUGGGAGCAUAUCAGAUUUGCUGCCGUCCCAAACCUCCAAAGACUGUAUGUGCGCCUCACUCCCCGCUAUCCACUGUCCCUUCCUCUCCUCCGGCAACGCCAACCAGAGUUGGCGCGACUCCAUGUCUCAAGACGCCUUUCUUUUCCGCCCACGGUUGAACCAAGACUCUUGGUAUCUUGUAUACUCACUAGAAGGAUGGGCUCCAGGGUCCAUCCAAUAUACCCUCAUGAACGAACCUGUCUACCCCCGUCCGGCUGCUGAGGGAUGCCGCAUGAAGGUCGCUGAUGAGGAUUGCAUUGGCUUCUUCCCAACUCAUCUUCCCUCUCUUAUCCUUUCCCCUGUCGUUGGCUGUCUCCUUACCCUUGUCUUGGCGCCUGGACUGGCUACUGGCCUUGGCUAACCAUGUCUCAGUACGAGAGAGUGGACAGGUCUGCGGUGAGUUGAACUCACAGUUUGUCAUAGACUGUGAA